GGCGCCACUUGCCCAGCCCAGCUUCCGAGGGGAGAAGGUGGGCUGGCCAGGCUGGGGACCGGCGUCUCGGCCCCUGGAACGGGGACUCGACCACGGUGACCGAGCCUGACCCAGCUACCAGGGGUGGCCCAUAAGCCUCUCGGCCUCAGGUCGCUCCUGUGGUUGGCCCAGCCCAGUAUGCAGCCUUGAACCUGCUGUAGGCCACCACCCACUCCAGCUCUCUACGUGGCUGGGGGAGGCACUAAGCAUCUCUUCACCCACAAAGCACAGCAGCUCCGGAGAGCUUGGGAAUCCUGCUGUCAGCUCUCGGAGCAGACAGUAUGGCUAUUACCCUGCAGCCCAGUGACUUGAUCUUUGAGUUUGCAAGCAACGGAAUGGAUGACAUCCACCAGUUUGCUCAGCAACGUUUCCUGUCUUCAUAGAGGCUGUUCUCAUCUCCCAAGUGAUCCUCCACCUGCACUGGAAGACCCUUCGGUGUUCCCAGCUGUGAUCGUGGAGCAGGUACCCUACCCCGAAUUACUGCAUCUGUACUCAGGACUGGAGCUGGACGACGUUCCCAACGGCAUUAUAACAGACGGGACCUUGUGCAUGACGCAGGACCAGAUCCUGGAGGGCAGUUUUUUGCUGGCAGAUGACAAUGAGGCCACCUCACACACCAUGGCAACCACUGAAGUCUUACUCAACGUGGAAUCUCCCAACAACAUCCUGGAUGAGAAGCAGAUAUUCAGCACCUCCGAAAUGCUUCCGGAGUCAGACUCCGCUCCAGCCGUGACUCUGCCCAACUACCUGUUUCCUACCUCUGAGACCGAUGCCCAGAAUGGCGCAGGUGACGCUGGUGCACAGGAAGAGCCAUCUCUGGAGGAGAGGGUCCCAAGAGAGGAAAAUGCCAAGAAGACUGGAAAAUCAAAGAAGAGAAUCCGGAAGACAAAGGGCAACCGAAGCACAUCACCUGUCACUGACCCUAGCAUCCCCAUCCGGAAGAAGUCGAAGGAUGGCAAAGGCAGCACAAUCUACCUGUGGGAGUUCCUCUUGGCACUCCUGCAAGACCGAAACACUUGUCCCAAGUACAUCAAGUGGACCCAGCGAGAGAAAGGCAUCUUCAAGCUGGUGGACUCCAAAGCUGUGUCCAAGCUGUGGGGAAAGCAGAAAAACAAGCCUGACAUGAACUAUGAGACGAUGGGGCGGGCACUAAGGUACUACUACCAGCGAGGCAUCCUGGCCAAAGUGGAGGGGCAGAGGCUGGUGUACCAGUUUAAGGAGAUGCCCAAGGACUUGGUUGUGAUUGAAGAUGAGGACGAGAAAAGUGAAGCCCCAGCAGCACCCCCUCAGGCCUCCACGUCCUCCACGAGCACCCGAAGAGCCAGCUCCAGGGUGUCAUCCAGGGCUGCCCCCCAGGGCAAGGGUGGCCCUUCCUGGGAGAAGCCAAAGAUGCAGCACAUUGGUCUACAGCCGUCUUCGAGUCUGGAAUUGGGACUGUCUCUGAAUGAGGAGACCCCCACUACCUCCACCAUGCUUGUCUGUCCAGCAGAGAGCCAGGCCAAGCUCGCCAAGGCCGUGAGUCCUUCUUCAGUACCCAGCAACAUCCACCUAGGAGUGGCCUCCAUGGGGUCGGGCUCGGCCGUGACCCUGCAGACCAUCCCGCUGACUACAGUGCUGACCAACGGGCCUCCCGCCAGUACUACUGCUUCUACUCAGCUCGUUCUCCAGAGCGUCCCGCCCGCGUCGGCAACCUUCAAGGACACCUUCACUCUGCAGGCCUCCUUCCCCCUGAAUACUACUUUUCAAGAGAACCAGGUGGCAGCACCAGGGGCCCCACUGAUUCUUAGUGGCCUCCCCCAGCUUCUGGCUGGGGCCAACCGUCCAACCAACCCAGCUCCACCCUCUGUCACGGCUGCUGGACCAGCAGGGCCCAGCUCUCAGCCCCCUGGGACUGUUAUUGCUGCCUUCAUCAGAACUUCCGCCACCGCAGCAGCCCCUGGGGUCAAGGAGGGGCCGCUGAGGCCCUCCUCAUAUGUGCAGGGCAUGGUGACUGGGGCCCCCAUGGAGGGGCUGCUGGUUCCUGAAGAGACCCUGAGGGAGCUCCUGAGAGAUCAGGCUCAUCUUCAGCCACUUCCAACCCAAGUAGUUUCAAGGGGUUCCCACACUCCAAACCUUAUGGGAAACCAGACUUUCUCUCCCCCCAGCCGCCCCACUGUUGGGCUGACCCCAGUGGCUGAACUUGAGCUCUCCUCAGGCUCAGGGUCCCUGUUAAUAGCUGAGCCUAGUGUGACCUCAUCUGGGAGCGUGCUGACCAGAUCCCCAACCCCAGCCCCCUUCUCUCCAUUCAAUCCCACUUCCCUCAUUAAGAUGGAGCCCCAUGACAUAUAAACGAAGGAGGUCAGAAGUAUGACCGAGGAGGCGAAGCUGAGCAGCAGUUUUACAUGGACUGACUUAUGUAGCGUACCUGCCCUUACGUUUCCAUGGGAUUCGAUACACCUGAUCCUCAGUCCUCCAGGCCUGCCUGGCACCACCAUGGCGAGCUCUGUCCUGUUUGAGCAUCGCUGGCAUCAGACCAUGGCUUGCCAGAGCAUGAGAGGAUGUGCUCUCAGCAGGACAAUGGGCUGGCUUAGUGAUGGAGGGAAAACUGGAGCCAGGGAGAAGCUUGUGGCCGGGGCUGGCACAGGAACUUUGUGAAGAGUCGGGCCUGGCUGCAUCUCGCCAUCUACGUUCCCCGUAUAGGGAAUUUACUAUCCCAUAUGUGAAUAUCUCUGUGUGUAUCUGUGUGUGUACUUGUGGGUCUCUGUCUUUCCUUUUGCGGGGAGGACUGGGGUGUAGCUAUGUGGUCUUCUCUUCAAGGAUGUGUGCAUGUCCUUCUGUGAGUCAGCCACAGAGAUGGGGAUCUUUUUUAAGGGAAUACAUCCUCUGAUGCCCAAGAUUCAAUUGCUCUGAGACUAUGGGGUACAGACUGGAUCCCCAAAUCUAGAGAUGUCACCAAGCUGGAACAGGUCCAGGUAGGACAGCUUCAAUGGGUGCACCUGUUGGGGAACAAUAAGGCUAAGUGGGGUAAAGCCACAAAGGGAAGGGAGAGAAGAGAACUCAGCCCCAAGAGCGAGCCCCACAGGCUAGACCACUGUGCUCUUCCUGGAGUUUGCCUCAUCGCUCGCCACUGUCCCCAUGCCAGUAGGCUGGGACCUUGGCCACCCUAGGGUGCUUUGCUGGAGCAGUCAGAGCAGAGCACCCCUCUAGUCAGCCCCAGUCAGGGCUGAGUUACUAUUAAAUACCUGUGCCUGGGUCUUCAGCUGUUUAUGCAACAGCAGUCCCAUGCCAGGCAACAGUCUCAGCUGGCAUACUGCCCUGCAUGCCCCUAAUGCCCUGGGUCACCUGGUCAUUACUUCUCCCCUGAGAGUUUCCAGCUGCCAGGUGUUGCUGGGGGCAGUGGUCAGUGACCCAGGUGGGGUCUGGCACCUCGUCCCUGCUGUCCAGCCUGCCUUCUCACCUCCGAGGUGUGCUAGGUGCUCCUUGUUUCCAAUUCUCACUCCUAAUCCCCAUUUCUUCUUCACCAAGUAGGCAGGAGCCAGCUGACAGGAGUUCCCAGAGCAUCACUCCAUCUCCACACGGCUCCUCCCUUCCCUCUCCGUUUUCUGAGGAAGGGUCAGCCUGUUUUCUCUCCAAGUCAGCCCCUCAGCUGAGGGACUGCAUCCCCUCCCUGCUCUCCCACUGAAUCUACUUGCCCCUCUCCUACCAAUUCUGGGGGCAAAGCUGAGAAACAUUGGGCUUGCGAGCAACCUUACUCUCUGGUGAAUUUGGUUAAUGUGAAUCAGUGCCUCAGGACCUUUGCUUUGUUGCUGGCACAAAACCACCCGCUUGGCCUGACUACCUCCCCUGGCUGCCCUUUUCUCCUCUUGUGGGCAUCAUUCUCCCUCACUCUCUUCCUUCUCCUUUCCUGGUGGAGGGACCAUAUAUGGCCAUGCAGGUGUAUUUACAACAGUUCCCAGCAGUUGGCAUCAAAGUGCCUUUUCUAAUAAAAUCGGCUUAUUGUGACAA